AUGGUCUCAGGUGGCUGGGAGAUGGUCUUAGGUGACCAGGAAUUGGUCUUGGAUGGCCAGGAGAUGGUCUUGGGUGACCAGGAGAUGGCCUUAGGUGGCCAGGAGAUGGCCUCAGGUGUCUGGGAGAUCGUCUUGGGUGGCCAGGAGAUGGUCUUGGAUGACCAGGAGAUGGUCUCAGUUGACCAGGAGGUGGUUUUGGGAACCAGGAGAUGGUUUUGGGUGGCCAAGAGGGGCCCAUCCUGCCUGUGGUGCAGCCCUACCUGCCUCGCCGGCAGCCACCUCGCCAGGAUGAACGGGCCGGCCAACGUCAACCCUGCCGACCCCGAGUCCCAGAGGAAGAGGACAGUGCAGAAUGUGCUGGACCUUCGGCAGAACCUGGAGGAGACCAUGUCCAGCCUGAGGGGCUCUCAGGUGUCUCACAGCGAGGGAGGCCAGGGCGGCUGGGAAGCAGCUCUGCUCCAGCUCCCUGGAGAUGACGGCACCCCCAGCUGGUACAUGCACGGCGAGCGGGCGCACUACUCGCACACCAUGCCCAUGCGCAGCCCCAGCAAGCUGAGCCACAUCUCCCGCCUGGAGCUGGUCGAGGCAUUGGACACCGACGACGUGGAGCUGAAGUCGGGCUACAUGAGCGACAGCGAUCUGAUGGGGAAGACGCUGACAGAGGAUGACGACAUCACCACAGGCUGGGAUGAGAGCAGCUCCAUCAGCAGCGGCCUCAGCGAUGCCUCUGACAACCUCAGCUCGGAGGAGUUUAACGCCAGCUCCUCGCUCAACUCCCUGCCCUCCACCCCCACCGCCUCACGCAGGAACUCAGCCAUAGCGCUGCGCACAGACUCAGAGAAGGGCUCGCUGGCAGAGAGUGGGCUGAGCUGGUACUGUGAGGGUGAGGACAAGGCACCCAAGAAGCUGGACUACGACAGCAGCAGCCUCAAGAUGGAGCACGGCUCCUCCAAGUGGCGGCGGGAGCCCUCGGAGGGCAGCGAGGAGGGGCCCAAGGGCGGGGAGCUGAAGAAGCCUGUCAGCCUGGGCACCCCGGGCUCUCUCAAGAAGGGCAAGACCCCUCCGGUGGCCGUGACCUCCCCCAUCACCCACACAGCCCAGAGCACCCUCAAAGUGGCAGGCAAGCCAGAGACCAAAGCCACCGACAAGAGCAAGCUGUCUGUGAAGAGCACAGGCCUGCAGCGCUCCUCCUCCGAUGCCGGUCGUGACCGCAUUGCUGAUGCCAAGAAGCCACCCUCGGGUCUCACGCGCCCCUCGGCCUCCAGCUCCUUUGGCUAUAAGAAACCAGCUCCUGCCACUGGCACGGCCUGUCAUGCAAUGCAGGCUGGGGGUUCGGCCACGCUCGGCAAGAUCCAGAAGAGCUCUGGCAUCCCCGUCGAGCCAGUCAGUGGGAGGAAAACAAGCCUGGACGUCUCCAACGCAGCCGAGCCCGGCUUCCUGGCUCCAGGGGCUCGUUCCAACAUCCAGUACCGCAGCCUGCCCCGGCCGGCCAAGUCCAGCUCCAUGAGUGUGACUGGUGGCCGCGGUGCAAACCGGCCAGUCAGCAGCAGCAUCGAUCCCAGCCUGCUGAGCACCAAGCAGGGCACCAUCUCGGUGUCACGGCUCAAGGAGCCGUCCAAGAUCGGCGCCGGCCGCGGCGCGCCGGCCCCCGUGAACCAGACGGACCGUGAGAAGGAGAAGGCCAAAGCCAAGGCGGUGGCACUCGACUCUGAGUGCGGGACGCUGAAGACGGCCAAGCUUCAGGACCUGCCCCCGGCUGGCGGGCCCCUCGCGCCAUGCUUCAGCCCCAGUCCUGCCCCCAUCCUCAACAUCAACUCGGCCAGCUUCUCCCAGGGCCUGGAGCUCAUGGGCGGCUUCAGCGUCCCCAUGCAGGGCAGGAUGUACCCCAAGCUCUCAGGCCUGCACCGCAGCAUGGAGUCCUUGCAGAUGCCCAUGAGCCUGCCCAGUGCCUUUUCAGGGGGCAGCACCACCACCCCCACCCCUGCUGCUGCACCCCCUGCCAGCACAGAGGAGGAGGAAGAGGCAGGGGAGCUGGGCUGGAGCGGGAGCCCCCGGCUUGCACAUCUGGACAGUGCCAACCGUGACAGGAACACGCUGCCCAAGAAGGGUUUGAGGUACCAGCUCCACUCCCAGGAGGAGGCCAAGGAGCGGCGCCAUUCGCAUGCCGUCAGCAGCGGGCUCCCCGAGUCGGAUGACCAGCAGGAGCUGCCCUCGCCUCCCGCCCUCCCCAUGGCGCUGGUCGGGAAGGGUCCGCUCACCAGCAUCGUGAGCCCCACUGCCGCCGCAACCCCGCGGAUCACCCGCUCCAACAGCAUCCCCACCCACGACUCCACCUUCGAGCUGUACAGCACGUCCCAGAUGGGCAGCACCCUCUCCCUGGCCGACAAGCCCAAGGGCAUGAUCCGCUCGGGCUCAUUCCGGGACCCUGUGGACGACGUUCAUGGAUCGGUGCUGUCCCUGGCCUCGAGCGCGUCCUCCACCUACUCCUCCGCUGAGGAGAAGAUGCAGUCCGAGCAAAUCCGUAAGCUGCGCCGCGAGCUGGAGUCCUCUCAGGAGAAGGUGGCCACCCUGACGUCCCAGCUGUCUGCUAAUGCCAACCUGGUGGCGGCUUUUGAGCAGAGCCUGGUGAGCAUGACGUCCCGCCUGCGGCACUUGGCUGAGACCGCUGAGGAGAAGGACACGGAGCUGCUGGACCUGCGAGAGACCAUCGACUUCCUGAAGAAGAAGAACUCAGAGGCCCAAGCUGUGAUCCAGGGCGCCCUGAAUGGCACUGACGUCACCCCGAAAGAGCUGCGCAUCAAGCGGCAGAACUCCUCUGACAGUAUCUCCAGCCUCAACAGCAUCACCAGCCACUCCAGCAUUGGCAGCAGCAAGGAUGCCGACGCCAAGAAGAAGAAGAAGAAGAGCUGGGUGUAUGAGCUACGCAGCUCCUUCAACAAGGCCUUCAGCAUCAAGAAGGGACCCAAAUCAGCCUCGUCUUACUCGGACAUCGAGGAGAUUGCCACGCCAGACUCGUCGGCCCCCUCCUCCCCCAAGCUGCAGCAUGGCUCUACAGAGACUGCCUCGCCUUCCAUCAAAUCCUCUACGUCCUCCUCUGUGGGCAUCGACACGGCUGAGCUCUUCCAGGCCCACAGCGAGGGCGAGCCAGAGAAGAAGGAGGUGUCGGAGCUGCGGUCAGAGCUGUGGGAGAAGGAGAUGAAGCUGACGGACAUCCGCCUGGAGGCCCUCAACUCUGCCCAUCAGCUGGAGCAGCUGCGGGAGACCAUGCACAACAUGCAGCUGGAGGUGGAUCUCCUGAAGGCCGAGAACGACCGGCUCAAAGUGGCUCCAGGGCCCUCGGCAGUGCCAGGCUCCGUUCCUGGCCAUGUCACGAGCACGUCGGCCUCCUCUUCACCGCGGCGCUCCCUGGGUCUCACCCUCGGCCGUGCCUUCAGCCCCAGCCUGGGGGACACAGACGUGUCCCCCAUGGAUGCUGUCAGUGCUGGUGCCCAGAAGGAUGAGCUGACACUGCGGAUUGUGGUGCGCAUGCCGCCCCAGCACAUCAUCAAGGGGGACCUCAAGCAGCAGGAGUUUUUCCUGGGCUGGACCAAGGUGAGCGGGAAGGCAGACUGGAAGAUGCUGGAUGAGGCUGUCUGCCAGGUCUUCAAGGAUUACAUCACCAAGAUGGAUCCUGCUUCCACGCUGGGGCUCAGCACCGAGUCUGUCUACGGCUACAGGCGGCUCAUCCUCUCGGGACCCAGCGGCACUGGCAAGACCUACCUGACCAACCGCCUGGCUGAGUACCUGGUGGAGCGCUCGGGUCGGGAUGUCACCGAGGGCAUCGUCAGCACCUUCAACAUGCACCAGCAGUCCUGCAAGGACCUGCAGCUGUACCUCUCCAACCUGGCCAAUCAGAUCGACCGGGAGACGGGCACGGCGGACGUGCCGCUGGUGAUCCUCCUAGAUGACCUCAGCGAGGCGGGCUCCAUCAGCGAGCUCGUCAACGGUGCGCUCACCUGCAAGUACCACAAAUGCCCCUACAUCAUUGGGACCACCAACCAGCCUGUGAAGAUGACCCCAAACCAUGGCCUCCAUCUCAGCUUCAGGAUGCUGACCUUCUCAAACAACGUGGAGCCAGCCAACGGCUUCCUGGUGCGCUACCUGCGGCGAAAGCUGCUGGAGUCAGACACAGAUGUUAAUGCCAACAAGGAGGAGCUGCUGCGUGUGCUGGACUGGGUGCCCAAGCUCUGGUACCACUUGCACACCUUCCUGGAGAAACACAGCACUUCAGACUUCCUCAUCGGUCCCUGCUUCUUCCUGUCCUGCCCCAUUGGAAUUGAGGAUUUCCGGACCUGGUUUAUUGACCUGUGGAACAACUCCAUCAUCCCUUACCUGCAGGAGGGGGCAAAAGAUGGGCUCAAGGUUCACGGGCAGAAGGCAGCCUGGGAGGACCCCGUGGAGUGGGUGCGGGACACCCUACCCUGGCCGUCAGCGCAGCAGGACCAGUCCAAGCUGUACCACCUGCCCCCACCCACCGUCGGGCCCCACAGCACUGUUUCACCUCCCGAGGAGCGCACCGUCAAAGACACGACGCCCAGCUCCCUGGACUCGGACCCUCUGAUGGCCAUGCUGCUGAAGCUCCAGGAAGCCGCCAACUACAUCGAGUCUCCGGACCGCGAGACCAUGGUGGAUCCCGACCUGCAGUCGACUCUGUGA